AUGGCCGCUCCGGGGGGAGAAGUCCCUCGCGUUGAGGUCGACCCCAGUUCCAAACGAACCUCCGAUGACGAUGAUAGCACUGCAGUUGGCAAUGACAGAGCUGAAGGCUCCGUGGACAGCAAGCUCUUGCACGAGCGUUUGAAGAUCGAGACCACUCGAGACCAGGGUGCUCGGUUUGAAGGACCGAAGCCAUCUCCCUCCCAAACCCGAGAAGAGGCGUCCCGUCUCGACGACGAGCUUGCGAUGCAAAGAGUUGAACAGCUCACUUCCAUGGAAUCCAGCCAAACAGAGGGCCGUAACUCUACCAACCUUCAUCGAUCUCGAUCUCGGGCUCCGGAACCCAUCGAUGACUUUGACAAUGCUACCAAUCCUAUUCACGAACGCGCCGCCAUCUACAAGCCGCCGGAGAACCCGAGCACCAAAGUCGCCAAGUUCUUCAAGUAUGUUCAUCAAUCUAGCUUCGUGAUCCGCUAUUUCACCUACAUCGUCCCAGUUUUCGCUCUCCUCCUCAUCCCUAUUUUGAUCGGGGCAUUCCUACCCGCGGCGGAGAAUGCUAGUGUGGGUGGUGUUGAACUCAUCUGGUUUGGCGUCUGGCUUGAAAUCAUUUGGUUGACGCUCUGGGCCGGCCGCAUUGUGGCCAAGUCGAUUCCCUAUCCUCUCGGACUGAUUGCCAGUCUUUUCACCAACAAUGCCAAAAAGUGGAGAGACUUGGGCAAGGCCCUCGAAAUCCCGGCGACGAUCUUCUUCUGGUGGCUCGGCAUUGAGAUUUCAUUCUUGCCGACCAUGAAGAAUCACCACGUCAAUGGCAGCAAGAAGACACAGGAAUGGGAGGACGUUCUCAACAAGAUUAUCAUCUCCAUCUUUGUGGGCACGACCCUGAACUUCAUCGAGAAAAUCAUCAUCCAACUGAUAGCCAUUUCCUUCCAUUUGCGAACGUACGCCGACCGGAUCGAAAUCAACAAGUUCCAGAUUGGGAGUCUCACCAAAUUGUACAUCUUCUCCAAGGCGAAGAUUGCCAUGGAAGACGCGGAAUUUGAGAAACCGUCCGAGCCUGGGUCCGGUGCGCGCACGCCGGGGAUGUACGCUGCUCAAGCCCAAUCUGCCAUCACGAAGGCUUUUGCCAAAGUGGGCGAUGUGGCUGGUACGGUGGCAGGUGAUUUCACGGGCAAAAAGGUGGCGAAGAGCAGUCAUCCCCCUCAGGUCGUCCUGACAUUGCUCAACACCACGAGUGGUUCUCAGGUGCUCGCUCGACGUCUGUACCGCACUUUUGUCCGUGAAGGUAAUGAGACCGUCUCAUCAGAUGACCUGAAAGAAGCCUUUGACAACGAAGAGGAAGCCGAAGCCGCUUUCAGCAUGUUUGACAAGGACAUGAAUGGUGAUAUUUCGAUGGAAGAACUCGAAGCGGUCUGUGUGGAAAUUGGAAGAGAACGGAAAUCGAUCACGGCUUCCCUCAAGGACCUGGACUCUGUUGUCGGCCGGUUGGACGAUGUCUUAUUCUUCAUCGUCGCUGUCGUCACCAUUUUAGUCCUCAUCUCCCUCAUUUCCACUUCGGCGGCCGGUGUUCUGACCUCUGCGGGCUCGGCCAUUCUUGCUCUGUCCUGGCUGUUCUCCGCCACGGCGCAAGAAUUCCUCCAGUCCUGCAUUUUCGUCUUCGUCAAGCAUCCUUUCGACGUGGGAGAUCGAGUCUCGAUCUAUGGGAACACCGGUUCAUCCCUGAAGGGAGACGAUUACUUUGUCAAGAAGAUCUCUCUUCUGUAUACCGAGUUCAAGAAGAUGGAAGGUCACAUUGUCCAGGCGCCCAAUUCUUACCUCAACACGCUGUUCAUUUUGAACAUGCGACGUUCGGGAGGUCUGGCUGAAGCCGUCCCGAUUGUGAUCCGAUUCGGCACCACCCUCGAGCAGAUUGAAGCCUUGCGCAACUCACUCACCGAGUUCGUCAUAUCAGAGAAACGUGAAUACCAGGGGAAGAUCCUCACCGAACUCCGUGAGGUUUGUGAGGCGUACUCACUCACUUUGAACGUGGUUUUCUUCUACAAAUCCAAUUGGCAAAACGAGUUGCUUCGUCUGCAACGACGAAACAAAUUCAUCUGUGCCCUGAUGGUGGCAUUGCAAGAGAUCGGUAUCGAAGGACCUCGCCGCAACCAAGCUGGUUGGAGACCGGAUGCGCCCUACUUCAUGCAACUGCCUCCGGGUGCUCCUCCGCUGAUUGGUGGAGACGUCCAUGAUCCGAACAACGGCCUGCCACCAGGUUCCUUCACCGGUGAUCCACUGCACCAAGCGCCUGUUGCUGCACCUCCGUUGAGCCAUCCGUCAAUUUUGCGCCGUCGGCCUAGCACCGGUCAACUCGGACGUCCCCGAGGGGAAUCUCUGUCAACAUUAGCAAAACGCGUGGACUUUUCUUUGGGCAUGAAGGGGGUUAGCUCCGGGGAGUCACUCUCAGAUGUGUACGAAGAUCGAAGCCCUCGCCAAUAUGGAGAAGUGAUUCGAGAAGCCAAUAGAAUCGAAGAUGAACGCAGAAGUUCACAGAGUCAAGACCGCGAAGGGGUGGCAAGAUCGACUUCACGAGAUCAUCAGCAUGCAAUGAGUGGAAUCUUGAGAAGGUCCACCUCCCAAAGCUUCAACGGUAACCAUCGGGGCUCCAUCAGUGGCCAUCGAGCUUCUAUCAGCAGUCAAGACACACACCGCAAUCGCUUCUUGAACCGGUUUAAUCGCCCCGGUCGAAGCACUGAUCUCCCUCGCGAUUCUUUGGCUGAGGAGGGCCAGGCCCCCCCUAUGCCCCCUCUGGAUGAAAGAAGCGGCCACAUCGGCUCUACUGCCGUUCGCGUGGAUUCGAUUGCUUCUACUGCCGAAGGUGAACCAUUCCCGGCCAUGGUCCCCGUGCACGGCCGGCCUGAGGAGGUUGAAAUGAGAAGAUUCGGAUAG